AUCCACCUCCACCUCCACCACACGCAGCCACACGCUGCACUGACUGCCAGCACACACACACCUGAACACUGCUGAGUCUCUGUGCUAACCUGUGUUUGUUUUUAUUGUAGUUUCGGGUUAUUUCGCCUGUUUAGCCCUCUGAGUUAGCGUUAGCCGAGUCACAGCCGAAGCUAACGCUAGCACCAUGUCCAGGAUAGACUACAGCGUGUGGGACCACAUCGAGGUGUCAGACGACGAGGAUGACACCCACCCCAACAUCGACACACCCAGCCUCUUCAGAUGGAGACACCAGGCACGUGUGGAGCGAAUGGAUGAUUUUAUGAAAAAAGGUGAAGACUUCAACAAGGCACUUGGCGAAUCUCGGCGUAAGCUGGCAGACGCACAGAAGAAAAUUCAAGAGCUGAAUAUUUCAUCAACUGAUGACGCCAAAGCAGAGCUGAGCAAAGCCCAGGCUGAGGAGAAGAAACUGAAAAAAGAGGAGCGGGAUUGGGAGAAGAAGAUUACGGAACAUAACCGGGAGGAGAAGAAGAUGCCGUGGAACGUCGACACGCUCAGCAAGGAGGGUUUCAGCAAGAGCGUUGUCAACGUCAAACCUGAUUCUUCUGAAGAGACUGAAGAAGAGAAGGAGCAAAAGCACAAAACCUUUGUGGAGAAGAAUGAGAAGCAGAUCAAACAUUUCGGCAUGAUGCGACGUUGGGACGACAGCCAGAAGUACCUCUCUGACAACUCGCAUCUAGUAUGUGAAGAGACCGCCAACUACCUGGUCAUCAUGUGCAUUGACCUGGAAGUGGAGGAGAAACAUUCAUUGAUGGAGCAAGUGGCUCAUCAGACCAUCGUCAUGCAGUUCAUUCUAGAGUUGGCAAAAAGCCUGAAGGUGGACCCCCGCGGCUGCUUUCGGCAAUUUUUUGCCAAGAUUAAGACAGCAGAUCAGCAGUACCAGGAUGCUUUCAACGACGAGCUGGAGUCCUUUAAGGAGCGGGUUCGGGGCAGGGCGAAGAUCCGCAUCGAAAAGGCCAUGAAGGAGUACGAGGAAGAGGAGCGACAAAAGCGUCUGGGACCUGGAGGGCUCGACCCGGUCGACGUGUACGAGACCCUGCCAGCUGAGAUGCAGAAAUGCUUUGACGAUAAAGACAUCGGAAUGUUACAAGAGGUUAUCAGCAAAAUGGACCCAACGGAGGCGAAGGUUCACAUGAAGAAGUGCAUAGAGUCGGGGCUCUGGGUCCCCAACUCCAAGACCGACGACGGGGAUGAAAAGGAGGAAGAUGGUACCUAUGAGGAGGUGAAACAGGAGCCGGAAGAAACUAAGAAGGACUGACCAACAUUGAUCCUAUGAUUUGUGUCGGCAAAUGUACUUACCUACUGUAUUGCGCCUCCACAAUGUGUAUGACUAGUUUGCAAUCAUGACAAUGAAAUAACUUCUCUUAAAUACUUAAACUGAGACUUGAGGUAUUAGUGGUCACCUAUCUGCACAGCUACGUCGCAUCAGUAACUCCUGCUUUGGAAAAGAAACUGCUGCUCACGUUUAGGGCUUUUAUUUGUUUGGACAUCGGCUGUUUUCCUCCAUGUACAUGUACACACCGGUCAGUUUGUGUGGGAGAGCCUGCCCGCUUCACUUGUGCUGUCGUAUAGUUGAAAAUGUUCUGUACAUUUUCAGGUUGUGCAUUUAAUGAAUUGGAUGUAAGGAUUUACCAAAUUUGUGAUUAUUUUUUUUUUUCUUUGUUUUGUUAUAUUAUUAGACUUUGUGGGCUUGAGCAACCGAUGUAUUGAGAUGGUUAAUUGACAGAAGUGACAUUUUCUACAAACUUGCUUUACUAAUGGUUGAAUUAUAUCCAACUACUCCAAACUGAGGUGUUGUUGUGCUUUUCUCUUUAAACUCAAGGCGUGGGUGCCUUGCUUCACAAAUCAUUCAAUAGGAGGUAAAAACAAUUGAGUCAUAAGGAAAUGAGCUGAUUUAAUAUGGAAUGAUUGCAUCAUUGCAGAGGUUUCCUAAGAAGCAUUUGGUAUUACAUUUGCUACACAUGUGACAUUCAUUGAAAAGACACAACCAAAAUAAAACACAAAAGACGUCCUUAAUGUCCCGGAUAGGUGUGGUCGGAAUUUACACUUUCACUUUUGUUUGAUGCUUUUAUUUUGAAGGUGAAAGUGCUAGAGCUGAAAUUAUAAUGAUAUGAAAUAUAAAGUGAAACAGAUUAAACAAAAGUGUUUUUUGACUAUCUUGGAUAUCAGAGAUGCACAAAAGUCAGUUUUUGUGUCCAGGUCAAGUCUCUUAUGAUUUGAACUUUCAUUUUUAAAAGGCACUUUAUAUCACAGAUGUUGACUUCCCCUACUUUUAAGUAAAUAACUGUAUUUUGUUCCUAAAAUGGAUAAAGAUAUGAAUAUAUUUCCUCAUACAGCAAUAACCGUAACAUAUUUUACAAUAACAAGAGUGCAACCCUAUUAUUGUUAUUAAU